AUGGUGAUCGCCAACCCUUAUGGAAGAAGCGUUGGACGGAAAGAAGUGCAGAUACCGUCGUCCGUAAAAGAAAAAGACGAAAAAACCAGCGCACGUGGACCUCAGCGCUGGCCCCAACGGCCGAUAAGUCUAUGGGAGCUAUUAUUAUUAUUAUUAUUAUUAUAUAUUGAUACCGGCACUAUUAAACCAAUUAAAUCACGUCCAUAUCGUGUUUCUCCCCAACAUCAACAAAUAAUUUCUCGACAUAUCAAUGAAAUAUUGAUCGAUGGUAUCAUAGAGUUAGCUAGUGGUCCUUAUACUGCACCAGUUACUUUACAGUCGAAGAAAGACGGUUCUUUACGUUUUUGUGUUGAUUUUCGUCAACUAAAUUCUGUAACUGUUCGUGAUGUUUAUCCGAUUCCUCGAAUCGAUGACACUCUUGAUCAGUUGCAGGCUACCAAAUAUUUCACAUCCUUGGAUUUAAAAUCCGGUUUUUGGCAGAUAGAGUUAGAUGAUGAAAGUCGUCCAAAAACUGCAUUUGUUACUCAUACCGGACUUUUCCAGUUUAAAGUAAUGCCUGUUGGUCUUCCCAAUGCACCCGCGACAUUUCAACGUCUCAUGGACUUGGUGCUUGGUGGGCUCACAUGGUCUUGCGCUCUACAUUUAAAUUCUGUAUUAGAACGUAUUCAAUCAAGUGGUCUUACUCUACAUAUUUCUAAAUGUCAAUUUUGUAAGACUAAAUUAAAAUAUCUCUGUCACGUUGUUUCACAAAGUGGCAUAGAACCUGAUCCUGAUAAGGUUCAUGCCGUACGCGACUAUCCAGUUCCAACUAGAAUCAAGGAUGUUCGUGCAUUUCUUGGUCUUACUAGUUAUUAUCGCUGCUCCAUUAGAAAUUAUGCUACUAUUCCUGAACCUCUUAUUUCAUUGACUCGUAAUAUAGAUAGCAAACCAUUUCUAUGGACAUCAUCUUGUCAGCAAGCUUUUGAUCAUCUUCGUCAUCUUUUAAUUCAAGCUCCUAUUAUUUCUUAUCCUCAAUUCGACAAACCUUUUAUUCUUCAACUUGAUGCUUCUGGUUUUGGUCUUUCCGCUAUUCCAGCUCAAAAACUAAUCGACGACGAUAGUGUUAAACGUGAGUAUGUCAUUGGUUUUGCUAGUCGAACACUUUCCUCAUCAGAACGUCAUUAUUCACCUACCGAACGUGAAUGCCUGGCUAUUAUAUAUGGUUGUUCACACUUUCGUCCAUACCUUGAAGAUAUUCGUUUUACAAUUUUAACCGCCCACAAAGCACUGAAGUGA